ACAUGCUGUGGUGAGAUGAGCAACAAAGACGAAUCGAAGAUAUGUGCCGCUUAAAGCGAUGGACUCAUACGACUUGUUCGGAGAAGAUGGCAGUGGAAUGUUGGAGGGCCUGUCAGAUCUCGGCGGUGGCGGCACAGCAAGUGCGACGGGCGGCUUCGACCCAGCCGCGGUGACUGGCGCCUCAUCGAGAAAUGCAACUUCCCUGGCCUACACCAGUACACAGCAGCAGUCCGCCUACUCUCAAGAGACGCCCCUCCAAAAAUUGGCUACUUUCGGCGCCCCUCCAGACUUCAACCACAUGGAUCCAAACUCUCAAAGCAUGUAUGCCCAGGGUUAUGGGACUGAUAGGCCUAUGGGACCUCCACCCGGAGCGGCCUAUCAGCACCAGAGGCAGAUGGUGAGGCCCCCUACUGGUGCUGCCCCCUCUCAGUACCCUUAUCAGACAGAUAACAUGUAUUCGAUGCCUGAUGUACAGGUGAGCGGCAUGGGAGAACCAACAAAUAUGCAAGCAGCAGUCGCUGCUGGUUGGGGCCAACAUGCUGCUGCCGCCGCCGCAGCUGUAGCAGGAUAUCCUGGGAUGCACAGAUAUAGCCAGAUGAGCCAGUAUCGUCAGCAACCAAUGAGUACCUAUCCUCAUCAGCAAGAACCUAAACAACAGUUUCCUACUGCACAACAUCCCAUGAUGCAACAGUCUCAUCAGGCAACUUAUCAAAUGCAGCAAAGACAUACACCGCACUACCCUCAAGCUACUUCUGGCUAUCCUUCAACAGCUUCAAGUCAAAGCUACACAGGAUACAUGCACCAGAGACUGCCACACCACCACCAAUACCCACAAUCACACCACCAGAUGGACAUGGCAGCCGUCUCACAAACACAACAAUAUACUCAAAUGGGUCACAGUCAAAGCUUGGCUCACACAGGACCUUCAGCAACACACAUGACUCAGACGCCCCACCCAGUAGGACAUGCGCCAGCACAAAGUCACACGACUCCACAACCACAACAAACCCCCAAUCCCAUGGGGCAUCCAAGUUCUAUCAGCUACACUCAGAGUCAUCAGAGCAUGCAGUCGAUGCAGAGAGCUAUGGAAGUACCACCUAGCCCGCAGCAAUUUCAGGCCAAGCAUUCAGCAAUGCCGAUGGGAAACGUGAGUCCGCAAUACCGGGCGUCCUUCCCUCAAUUGUCACCGCAAAUGUCGCCAAGACCACAGAUGUCUCCUCGACCACCGCCUGCUUCUCAAAUGUCUCCACGUCCAGUGAUGUCGCCAGCCAAACCAAAUAUGUCACCACUUCCUCCUGCGAUGCAACAAACUACGCUGAGUCCUAGACCUGCUAAUAGUUUAACUCCGAAGGUUACUGCCCCUUCACCUGCUCCAAUGCCCCCUUACUCACAACAAAGUACUCUUCAAGCUCUUGAGCAAAUGGUUAUGCCUCCUUCGAGUACUAAUUCAACCGAGUACCCAUCGUAUCAGGCAAGGACUACCUUAGGUCCUCCUGGACAGCAGAAUCCCCUAAGCCCCGCUAUGGGCUUGAGAAACCCUAUGCCUGAACAUCAAUGGCCUCCUGUUCAGCCAAGGCAAUCUUCACACAUGUCUAGCUUGAAUGGGCCUAUGGGUUUGAUGGAGCAAAAUCCUGUACCAACAAAUCAGUCGAUACCGCCAACACAGUCUUUACCUCCUUCAAGCUUAUCGAACUCACAAAUGCCAGCUACGCCAAGUUUAAAUGUUGGUUUUGGCAAUGACGAAUUGAGAAGUGAUAUUAAUAAACCUAGCACAUUACCAGAUAUGUUGGUAAGAGAAAAGGAAUCGUCCAUUCCUCAGAGUAUACCAGUGAGUCAGAGCGAAUUUUCAUCCGUACAGUCACCAACGACCAGCUUACCUGAUAAAAUGCCAAGUAGUACGACAAAUACUGAAAUGAACAUACCCACUUCAACACCAUCAGCAUCAUCCCAUCCGCCAACUCCGACUCCUACAUCUACUACUGAUGACAAUAUCAACAACAUUCAGGAAACCAGUCUUCCUUCUAACAGUGACUCUGUGAAGCAAAUUGAUGAGUUGAGCAAUACCAGCUCUACAUCGCAACAACAGACUCCAAGUCAGAGUAGCACAACGAAUAAUUUCACGGACUUCAAUUGCGUUUCUAGCAUGACAGGUUACCCUAGCCAACCAGCAAGUCCCAAAACGACUAAAAUAGACGAUCUGGCUCAGUCCAAUGUCUCAAUGUUCAGUCAAGAUAACUCAGUUUCUCAAGAAUCAUUAGCAGAAUCUAAUAAGUCGGACCAUAGUUCGAUACACUCACCUAGACAACAGUCGCCUAGAAUACCGUCGCCCAGAUUGCAGUCACCAACGUCUCUCAGCCAGACUUCAAUACCUUUGUCUUCGUCAAUGUCAAGCAUCCAGAAAGAUAACCGCACCAAUUCAUAUAGUAUGAACCAACUUGUUUCCACACCAUCACCAACUCAAUCUCAUUCAAUGCUAAUGAGCUCUAAUAGGCUUUCUCCAAUUUCUCUCGGUCAUAAUAUGACACCAAGUCAAAUUCCAACCUCUCAAAUGUUGCCUAAUAUAUCACAACAUCUGAGCAGUAUACAAAACCAAAGUAAACAAAGUCUUCAACAGUCUAAUCUAGGAAUAGGACAGCAGAAUCAAUGUUCCGGAGUAAGUUCCCCCACCAACAGAAACAGUAUAGCAAGUCCACCACCUAGUAUUACAUCAAUGCAAAAUGUUAUGACUAGUUUGCCUAACCAAAAUAUUUCUAGUCAGAGCAGUUUGUCUAGAAUAACUAGUCCAAUAACAAUGCAGAGCAUGACAAAUACAUUAUUACUCGGGACAAAUACGUCAGGGCACAGUAAUAUGCCCGGUCAAAACAGCCAUCACAUGACUAGUCAGAGUAAUGUACCAUGUUUUCCUAGCCAAAAUCAAAUUACUACUCUGUCGAGUAUCUGCAGUCCAAAUAUGUCCAAUUCAAAUCAAAAUUUCCCUUCGGUAUCUGCAUCUAAUAAUGUUCCAUCACUGUCUGGUCAGACCAGUAUGCCGUCACAUCUUCAGAACUUGGGUUCACAGAACAUUUCUUCAAUCGCUAACCAAAAUAUAUGCCCUUUGCCUGGACAAACUAAUCUGACAAGUCAAAGCAACGUUCAAAGAAUUCAAUCGCCUCCGAUACAGACAAAUAUUUCUAUGAACACUGGAACGCAGAACAUGCAAGGUCAAAAAAUUCUAACACCGCCGGCCACGCCUCUGGCACAGCAGGGAUCACUUCCACAAGCUAGUCUGAUUCCACAUGGACAAUUGCACAAUCCUGGCCUGUCAUCAUCACACAGUGCGCUUGGUUCAAUGCCACCCAGUAGUAAACCAGGAGGGGUUAUGUUUGACCCAAACAGUCAGAUGAUUGGUCCAAACGGGAUGCCCCUAAAUACAAAUAGAGGCAUGACCCCUGGAAUGCCUCCACAUGGAUUAUCUUUGGGACACACUGGAAUGCCUUUGGGACUUGGUGGACACCCAGGAUUGAUGGGUACAAUGACCGGGAUGAUACCUGGACAAGAAAUGUCAGGCUACCAAACGCCCAUUAGUCACCACCAAGAGAGAGCUGCUUUGCAACAGCAAUUGCAAGAAUUGUAUUGCAUGCCUCCAGGGCAAGAACAUCAGGAAAAGAUAGGGUAUCUUCAAGAAAGAUUAAAUAUUUUAAGUCAACAUGAGGCAAGUGAACAAUGCAAUGGAGGUCCCCAGUGCAUUCUUCUGAGCCCCUUAUUUACAACUCCUAUGAUAGACAGCCCGCAAGUUACCAGUACUACUGGAAGAGGUAGAGGCAAAGGCCCCCCGAAGCCUAGAAAACCCCGGGCAAAGAAAGGCGAAAAGGUCGCCUCUCCUAUUCAAAUAUCUUCUAUGAACCCAAUGAUGCCUUUGGGUUUACCUCCACCUCAACAGCUGCCGGUUUCUGAAGAUUUCGUAACUCCAGGCGCUGGACUGAGUAUACCAUCUAGUGAAAUGUCUGACUUCAGUGAAGUAGGAAUAGAUCCAUUAACAGGUGAACCUGAGAAAAAAAAGAAGGGGAGGAAACCCCGGGGACCAAAUAAGCCAAAAGAACUGAAGGAUCCGAACUCCCCCAAAGAAACAAAAGUUCCAAAAGAAAGGAAGAAACGUGAACCAAAAGAACCUAAAAUCAAAAGAAAGUAUGUUAGGAAAAAGAAACCUGGCGAGUCUGAAGAAAGUGCCACAGAUGAGUCUUUCAACAAAUCGGCGGAGAGCAUAGAAGACAUGUCUAUGACCAUGACCGAAAAUCCACCAGCCGAAACCGUUGAGGCAGAGGCUGAAGCUGAGGCAGCGACUCCAGUUGAGGAGAAACUUGAAACCCCUGAAUCAAACGUUCAACCAGAGAGCUCAGAAGUCGUUCCAGAACAAGUUUCAGAAAGGCCGCAAGAAAAACCAGAGGAAAUGCAGGCUGAUUCUCAAACUACCGCCGAAGGAACAGCACUUUCAGAAACAGUUGAAGAAAACAAAAAGGACGAGUAUAAUUUCGAAGAUCAGCCUAGUCCAGAAAUAGGAGAGCUUCCUAAAAGAAGUAGAAAGCCUAGACAUCAGCAACAGAAAAAAGUUAUUUCCACUAAAACUCGAACAAGAAGAAGUGCUGGCCAAGGGCGUAGGCGCCGAGGAACCAUCAUACCAGAGUCGGAUCCUGAAAAUGAAGACAUGGUUUCAACACCUCCGCCUUCUCCACCUGAUGACGCUGAGAAUUCAUCGAAGCGUCGAUCAGCAAGAAACACGCAGAGGAAAAAGUACAUUGAUGAUGUUAUGCUCAGAUUUUCUGAUGAUGACGCCCCUGCUACACCAACUCGAAGUAGGAAACCUCCAGUUCCUACGACUCCUAUCAUUACAACGCCUGUUGCUAUUACUAAUCCACCUGAAACGUCACCAUCCGUUGCUCAAGAAGAAAGUACAUCUUCAACAAUUGAUCCCAAAAGUCAGAUGAAUUACGUGUAUGUUAAUACUGCAGAAGAAGAUUCUAUGGUCGUUCAGUAUGUAUUGUGUGCGAGAAUGACCAAACGAAAAAUGAAGAAGGAAUUGAAGAUGCACGAUUUGAAAGAUGAAGAGAAAGGAGAUGGAGACUUAUCGGAGGACGAAGAAGAGAGAAAGGCAAGACUGAGAGAGAAAUUGAAGUUUGAUACCACAAAGUCACUUGAAGAUGAAACUGAAUUGGUGGAUGUGGAGGAAUAUUAUGUCAAGUAUAGAAACUUUUCAUACCUUCAUUGUGAAUGGAAGACUGAAGAUGAGCUUUACAAAGGCGACAAACGCAUAGCUAACAAAAUUAAACGAUUCAAACAGAAACAAGCUCUGCAGUUGAAUAUCUUUGAAAAUCUGGAAGAGGAACCGUUCAAUCCAGAUUAUGUGGAAGUUGACAGGGUGUUGGAUUUAUCAGAGCACACUGAUGCAACAACAGGAGAAACUGUAAGACACUAUUUAGUGAAAUGGCGAGCUUUACAAUAUGAGGAUUGCACCUGGGAACUCGAAGAAGAUGUAGAUCCAUUGAAAAUUGAACAAUUCAAAAAGUUCAACAAAGUACCACCGAAAGAUACUUGGAAAACUAAAAAACGACCAACUCCCGAGCUUUGGACGAAAUUAGAAAAAUCUCCAGUUUAUAAGGGUGGCAACAGUUUGAGGGAAUACCAACUUGAAGGUUUGAAUUGGUUGCUGUUUUCUUGGUUCAACAGUAGAAAUUGUAUAUUGGCAGAUGAAAUGGGCUUAGGAAAAACCAUUCAAAGCUUGACUUUCCUUAAUUCUGUGUGGGAAUUCGGCAUUCGAGGACCCUUCUUAGUUAUAGCUCCACUUUCAACGAUUCCAAAUUGGCAGAGAGAAAUUGAGAGUUGGACAGAAAUGAACGUGAUAGUGUAUCACGGUUCAGCUACCAGUCGAAAUAUGAUUCAGGAAUACGAAAUGUACUACAAAAAUGACAAAGGUCAAUUUAUUAAGGAUAUAACAAAGUUCAAUAUCGUCAUUACCACUUUUGAAGUCAUCGUUACAGACUUUGCGGACCUAAAGGGCUUCAACUGGAGAAUAUGUGUCAUAGAUGAGGCACACAGAUUGAAAAAUCGAAACUGCAAAUUGCUGGAAGGACUGAGACAAUUAUCUAUCGAACACAGAGUGUUGCUGUCUGGCACGCCCUUACAAAAUAACGUAAACGAGCUGUUUUCUUUGCUAAAUUUCCUGGAACCGACACAGUUCACAAAUUCCGAAGCUUUCCUUCAGGAAUUUGGCGCCUUGAAAACCGAACAAGAAGUACAGAAAUUACAGUGCUUAUUGAAACCGAUGAUGCUGAGAAGAUUGAAGGAAGAUGUAGAAAAAUCACUUGCUCCCAAAGAAGAGACUGUGGUUGAAGUAGAGCUUACCAACAUUCAAAAGAAAUACUACCGUGGUAUCUUAGAAAGAAACUUUUCGUUUCUCACGAAAGGCACAACGUAUUCGAAUAUUCCUAAUCUAAUGAAUACCAUGAUGGAGCUGAGGAAAUGUUGCAUUCAUCCUUAUUUGCUGAACGGCGCGGAAGACCAAAUAUGCUAUGAUUUUAAAAAUCAGCACGGUGAAGAUCCAGAUACUUACUACAAGUCUUUGAUACAUUCCAGUGGUAAAAUGGUUCUAAUAGAUAAAUUGCUACCUAAGUUGAAAGCGAAUGGACAUCGAGUUCUAAUUUUCAGUCAGAUGGUUAAAUGUCUGGAUAUAUUAGAGGACUACUUGAUGUACAGGAAGUAUCCGUUUGAACGCAUCGACGGAAGAAUCAGGGGUAACCUGAGACAAGCGGCUAUCGACAGAUUUUCCAGACCUGACUCGGAUAGAUUUGUUUUCUUGUUAUGUACUAAAGCAGGAGGGUUAGGAAUCAACUUAACAGCCGCAGACACAGUCAUCAUAUAUGAUAGUGAUUGGAAUCCUCAAAAUGACCUGCAGGCUCAAGCUAGAUGCCAUCGAAUAGGUCAAAUGAAAAUGGUGAAAAUAUACCGACUAUUAUGUAGAAAUACUUACGAGAGGGAAAUGUUUGACAAGGCCUCUUUGAAGUUGGGUCUGGAUAAAGCAAUAUUGCAAAGCAUGAAUACCACUCAGGGUGGAAAGGAAACCGGUACUAGACAACUGAGUAAAAAAGAGAUUGAAGACUUGUUGAAAAAGGGAGCUUACGGCGCUUUGUUAGAAGAAGAGGACGGAGAUAAUUUCUGCGAAGAGGAUAUAGACGUUAUUCUCGCGAGAAGAACUCAAGUCAUUACCAUGGAAUCCGAGAAGGGGUCCACGUUCUCCAAAGCCAGCUUUGCAUCCAGUGCUAACAGAUCUGACAUCGCGAUUGAUGAUCCAGAUUUCUGGAACAAGUGGGCUAAAAAAGCUGAAAUUGACACGACGGAAAAGGAUGAAAGUGAAGACUUGGUUAUAUCUGAACCACGGCGGCGAACUCAGAUCAAACGUUACGGUCACGAUGAGAGUGCUAUCGACAUGUCUGAGCUGGAAAGUUCCUCAGACUCGGAUCCUGACAAUGAAGGUCUCGGAAUGGGCAUGAGAAGUAAAAAAAAUAAGCUGAGGAGGAGGAAGUACAGGCCUGACGAUUACAUACCCAGAGAAGGCGAACCCAGGGGAGACAUUGUUUACGGAAGCUGGGCCAGAAGGGAGUGCUUCAUGGUGGAAAGGGGCUUGCUCACUUUCGGGUGGGGAAGAUGGCAGGAAAUUUUACUUCACUCUCAGUUGAGGAAGGGCUGGAAGGAGCAAGACGUAGAAGAUUGUGCUAGAGUAAUAUUACUCUAUUGUUUGAGAUUUUAUAGAGGCGAUGAAAAAAUUCGUAGCUUCAUUUGGGAUUUGAUAGCACCAUGUGAAGACGGUGGGGAACAAAAGAUAUCAAGAAACCAUCACGGAUUGAAAGACCCUGUCCCAAGAGGUAUUCGAAAUAAACACAAAAAGAAAGACAAAGGAGUCCUCAGCAAAGAUUUGAGGCAUCCGGCAAUAACUGAUCCGAAUCAUUGGAGUAAGAGUGAGAAAUAUGACGGAGACAUAUUUUUAGAAAGUAACUACAAGAAACAUCUUGGACGUCACGCUAAUAAGGUUUUAUUGCGUGUAAGAAUGCUGUAUUAUAUUAAACACGAAAUUAUUGGCGACUUGGUGCAGCAUAUCGCAGAUGGAGUCCAUGCAAGUGCCCUGCCGAUUUAUCCUCCCGUAACGGAGCAAUUACCUUGCGUGUGGUGGGAUGCGGAAUGCGACAAGUCUCUUCUCAUUGGCACUUGGAAGCACGGCUAUGAAAAUUAUACGGAGAUGCGUGUCGACCCUACCUUAUGCUUCCUGUCCCGUUGUGGCCCGCCCUCAGACCGUGAGAUCCAGAUGGCGUCGACGACUAACGCGCAACCACCUACGCCCGCACCCAAUGAAGACGAAGAUGAAGAUACCAAUGAGGAAUCGAGUAUGAAAUCCAAAAGAGAUGCCUCCGAAGGCAAUUCUGAAGCCGCUGAGCCUUCUCCAGGACCAUCUGCUUCUUCCGAGACCCAGCCUUUGGAUAACGAAGAACGAAACUUGGAAGAGUCGGAAGAUAAAAACUGGCCAACCAUAACGGAUUUAAACACUCGCUUGAGAAGGGUAAUUACAUCCUAUCAGAGGAACUAUCGCAAAGAAGAACAAAAACUAGCAGCAACCAAGUCGAAGCCCCAGGUAGAUACCGCCCUGUCCUCUCCUCUGGCUGCACUGGCGCAGGUGUCUCAACAGUUUGACCCGAGGGAUGCGGCAGCUCUGGGCCUUCAGGGAUGGGACCUUCAACAGCUGGCCCUUUAUCUACUGAAGAUGGAACGCCAAGGUAAACAAGCAAUGGAACAAAGCAUCCGCGAUGGCCAAAGGGAACGCGAGAGACUCUGCAUUGGAAAACGUUGGACCAAGAGAGAAGAAGCUGAUUUCUUCCGCGUAGUAUCCUCAUACGGUAUCAUCUACUAUCGAAAAAAGAAAUCAUAUGAUUGGAUGAAGUUCAAGCAAAUCGCUAAAUUGGAAAAGAAGUCUGACGAAGAACUAACGGAGUAUUAUAAACAUUUUGUGAUGAUGUGUAAAAAACAAACCGGUUUGAACAUUGACGAAGGCAAUUACGAUACGAGUAUAGAACACAUAUCUGAAGAGAAAGCUAGACGAACCCUUGAGAGGUUAGAGUUGCUUUCGCGGAUAAGAGAGGAAAUUUUGACACAUCCCAAAUUAGACGAGAGAUUGAGGGUGUGUGUAACUUCAGCUGAUAUGCCUGACUGGUGGAUAGCGGGAAAACACGAUAAAGAUUUAUUGUUAGGAGUUGCAAAGCAUGGUCUGGGACGGACUGACUAUUUCCUCCUCAAUGAUCCAGAAUUGUGUUUCCACGAAAUUCUCAGGAAGAAGGUCCGUUCCGAAACACAGGACAAUAAAGAUGCCAUCAAAUUGGAUAGUCAUGAGGAUAUACUAAAGUUUGAUAAAGAUGAAAUUCUUGUCAAACUUGAAAAGGGUGAGGGCACUCUCAAGAUUGAAAAAGUUGCGGUGAAAAAAGAAAAUCUCGAUGAAAAGAAAUCUGAGGAAGGAGACAGAGUCAACCUCACAGUAGUGAAGAGUGAAAAAUGUGAUAAGGAGGUCAAGGACGAAAUGAAGGAAGAAGAGAGUGAAGAAAAUGCAGUUGAAAAAGAUGGCGAAAAGGGUUUGCUUACAGAAAAUGAGCCAUCUAAUGUCGAAAAGGAGACUGACAAUCAGGAGCCCCACGAGAAAGAACCUGAAACUGAAGAUCUGUCAAAACCUAAAGAAGAAAAGAAAGACCUACUCAAACAAUUAAUUGAAUCCGAUUCUGAUUUAUGCUCGAAACAAGCAGCUGAACUGAAAGCUAUGUUUCCAGAUUUGGAGGUCAUUCAACCGCUGUCCCGGCUUUCACAAGUUGACACGUUUGUUUUAAGAGACAAGCAGGGCAGUGGCGCUCUGGAUUUCAGUGAAACAACGGUUGCUCAACUUUUCAAUAAUGCUGUCAAGUGGCCGAAAGAGUAUGCCAUUCAAGUGAGGUUGCAGCAUAUCAUUUUUGCAAUUGAAACCAAAGAGUGGCCUGCUACAAAAUCAUUCUCUGCCUACGCGACUGGUAUUGGUAACGAGUUCGACAUUCCAAUUCAUGAGUUACCAAACGAGCCUCCGAAGCGGGAAACUUCCACUCCCAUGUCCAUGGGAGAACCGGACGCAAUGUCAUUAAAUGCAGAAAG